AUGCUCCCCACUCCUUCAGAUCUAUGUGAGGGGGAAAAAUAUUCUCUGCACUGUGGUGGUGAUCAGAAUGUUAUGGAACCUAGAGACAAUGUAGCAAACAUGCAGAAACUUUUGCACAUCAAAGCAACACAGAAAUCACUGCAAGAUUGUGACAGAUCUGCAUCCUUUAAUGUGACUGAAGCUUCUCAGCUGGUAGCUGUGUUGUUGCUGUGUUCAUUUUGGAAACGCUGGUGCACGCUCGGUGAGGCCUCGACUCGAACGCCCGGGCGCCGAGCCUUCUUCCCGCCCUCCUCUUCCCUCGCGCCGCCCACGGUUGGCGUGUCCCGCUUCCACCGUCCUCUGAGGAGCAACAUGAGCGCCUCCGCCGAAGCAGCGCCGGAUCCCGCCGGAGACCCCGCUUCUCCCUUGCCGGGCGUUGGCGAGGGUAAUCCCCCGGGGGGCGACGUGGUGGUGCAGUACGUGGUGCUCCGGCGCGACCUGAUUGACACGUGGCCGCUCGGGAGCGUCGUCGCCCAGGGCUUCCACCACCACCCCGACGUCCUUGCCUGCUGCACCGACCGCAACCUUGAUUCCAUGCACAAGAUGAAGGGAGAGACACAAUUGAGGAACCUGGCGAACAAGCUGAAGAAGGAAGGGAUCGACCACAAGCUGUGGGUAGAGCAACCGGAGGACUUCCUUACUUGCAUCGCAACCCGGCCGUACCCCAAGUCUCAGAAAACAGAAACAGCACUAUAUGUGAAGAAGAGCCAUAAUCGAACGAUUCAGGUUAACCCUCGAAGGUCCCGUGGAGCAUCAGCCGUCGGAUGAGUCCCGAUCUCCCUUCAGAAACCACAACGCCAAGAGCAAAACCCCCCCAUUGGCAACGCUUUCGCCUACCCAACCCGAAGAGAGCAGAGAGAAGAACAUGAAACAAGAGGAGAAACAGCUAUCAGUUUACACGACAUUCUUAUUAUACCCGGUGAUUCCGCGCUACGCCGUUAUCAUGCAUCUUCAUCCUCUUUCCACUGUCUCAGAACAGCUCUGGGAGCUUCAUCAAAGGCUACAAGGGUAGGUGACGAGGCGGCGGGCGCAAUGGGAGCAGGAGUACUUCCUCGUGGUCUUGAGGCAGACCGGGAGGAAGCAGAGCCGCAGCGCCUUCUCCACGUCCGUGGCCAUCACCGUGCCGCCGCAUAAAGGGCAGCUCCCCGGCGCCUUGUGCGUCCCCAGCACCUUUUCCUCCUCCCCGCACACGAACGCCAAGCACAUCGCGCUCGCCGCUGCGUUGCUCGUCGCCUGAAAGUGGAGAUGGAGACGUCGUCGCCCGCAGCGAUGUGAGGUGAUGAAGGAUGCGCCCGAGAGCGCUUUAACGGAAUCCGUUCUCCGGCUUUACGCUUUGCCCACACGCACACACGCAAGAGAGGAGGAAUCGGUGCGCAAGCCUUGUCGCCUACCUCAUGGAAGCGGACGUUAGAGGAGUGUUUUGCAUGUGAGGCACUAAGAGACAUACUUCACACAUGGAUCUUUCGAUGCCUCCUCACUGUGCUUUUUGUUCUAUUCACAACUCCUAAAAUAAUUCUUUCUUAGGAGGCAAAGGUGUGACACACAUUAGAGAGAGAAAUAGAAAGAGAGAAUUCAUAUGAUGAAAGUUAUUCUUAAAAUGUAAAUAUAUGUAUACAAUACAUGGGUAAGUUAUUAUGGUAUUUGUUUUCCUCACAAA